AUGACAAAUGUGAGAAUUGUUCGUAUUGACUAUUGGAUAGAAAAGGCAGAGACAGGAAUCCACUUCAGAAAUAGUCUUCUUCAUACUGAUAAUCAGAUAAGGAGAGCAAGAUGUUGGUUCCCAUGUAUAGAUGACAAUUCACAACGAUGUUGCUAUGAUCUGGAGUUCACUGUAGCACACAAUCUUGUGGCUGUUAGUACAGGAUGCUUGCUUUAUCAGUUGGGAGAGCGUCAGAUUGAAGAUCUGAAGGUCGCAUGUUCAAUCCAUGCUCACCGCACCUCCAGGGUCUUAAGCAAGGACAAUCCUCCCAGAAAAACAUAUGUCUAUAAAUUGGAUGUUCCAGUCGCUGCUAGGUGGAUAUCUUUGGCUGUUGCCCCAUUUGAAAUUCUUCCCGAUCACCAAUUUAGUCUCAUAUCACAUAUGUGUUUGCUGCCUAAUAUGUCAAAGAUGCGGAAUACAGUGGAAUUUUUCCACAGUGCCUUCAGCUGCUAUAAGGAUUAUCUUUCUGUAGACUUCCCAUUUGACUCAUAUACACAAGUUUUCAUAGAUCCAGAGACAGCUGUGUCGUCUUUGAGUUUAGGAGCCUCUAUGAGUAUAUUUAGUUCUCAAGUUUUGUUUGAUGAGAAGGUUAUUGAUCAGACUAUUGAUACAAGGGUAAAACUUGCAUAUGCUCUUGCGAGACAGUGGUUUGGAGUGUAUAUCACUCCUGAGGCACCAAAUGAUGAGUGGCUCUUGGAUGGACUUGCUGGUUUCUUGACAGAUUUUUAUAUUAAGAAGCAGUUGGGGAAUAAUGAGGCGAGAUACAGGAGAUAUAAGGCAAAUUGUGCUGUUUGCAAAGUUGAUAAUGGUGGAGCGACAGCUUUGAGCUGUUCAGCUUCCUGUAAAGAUUUAUAUGGAACUCAGUGCAUUGGUUUAUAUGGAAAAAUAAGAUCAUGGAAGUCUGUGGCUGUUCUUCAGAUGUUGGAAAAACAAAUGGGUCCUGAAUCUUUUCGCAGAACGAUAGUUUCUCGGGCUCAAGAUAAAACGCGUUCCAUGAAGACUCUAAGUACUAAGGAGUUUCGACAUUUUGCCAAUAAGGUUGGGAAUCUUGAACGGCCAUUUCUUAAGGAUUUCUUUCCUAGGUGGGUUGGUUCUUGUGGAUGUCCUGUUUUAAGGAUGGGGUUUUCCUAUAACAAAAGGAAGAAUAUGGUUGAAUUGGCUGUGUUGCGAGGAUGUACGGCAUUGCAGACUUCAACUACAUCUACUCUUGAUAAUAAUCCAGAGACAGAAAAUCGAGAUGGAGAUACUGGAUGGCCUGGUAUGAUGAGCAUCAGGGUAUAUGAACUUGACGGUAUGUAUGACCAUCCAAUUCUGCCAAUGGCUGGAGAAGCAUGGCAACUAUUGGAAAUACAAUGCCACUCAAAGCUUGCUGCUAGACGCUUUCAGAAGCCCAAGAAAGGAUUAAAACUUGAUGGAUCUGAUGAUAAUGGUGAUGUGCCGUCCAUGGACAUGCGCUCAAAUACUGAGUCCCCUUUAUUAUGGAUCAGGGCAGAUCCUGAUAUGGAGUACCUAGCCGAGGUUCAUUUUAACCAACCAGUUCAGAUGUGGAUCAAUCAAUUAGAGAAGGACAAGGAUGUUAUUGCUCAGGCACAAGCAAUUGCAGCCCUUGAGGCAUCACCGCAGCUAUCAUUUUCUACUGUAAAUGCCUUAAACAAUUUUCUCAGUGACUCCAAGGCCUUUUGGAGAGUACGGAUUGAAGCAGCAUUUGCAUUAGCAAAUUCAGCAUCUGAGGAAACUGAUUUUUCUGGUCUACUCCAUUUGGUGAAAUUUUACAAGAGUCGAAGGUUUGAUCCUGACAUUGGACUCCCAAAGCCAAAUGAUUUUCACGAUUUUGCUGAGUAUUUUGUUCUUGAGUAUUUGUGUGAUAGUAAACCUGAAGUGGCUAUUCCACAUGCUGUUGCCAUGGUUAGAGCUGCUGACAAGAAAAGCCCAAGAGAAGCUAUCGAGUUUGUUUUACAGCUAUUAAAGGAGGGAAUAUUUGAGAUGGAAAUCGAAUCGAACACUCAACUGAACAUAAUUUUUACACAGGCUGAUGAUGGAGCGGUUUACUACUUGGAUGUGAGGGCAUCUGUCAGCUUUUGUGAUGACCAGAUUUUGGGUUCUGACUGGAAGUCCUGUAAAGAGUACAAUGACAACAAUGGGAACCCCUACUCAGAUGUCUUCUGGCUUGCUGCACUAGUCCAGUCGGUUGGUGAGCUUGAGUUUGGGCAACAGUCUCAUGCCAAGCUACAAUGGAAUCUUGACUAUCAGUUGUAUCCGGACAUUGACCCAGAUUGCUUUAAAGCUUUCAGGGAUCGAGUUUAUGAACUUGUCAAGCCUUUUUGUGACUUGAAGACGCUGUGGCAAGUUCGAAUUGAAGCAAGUAGAGCACUCCUUGAUCUUGAAUUCCACUGCAAGGGCAUGGAUUCGGCAUUGCUUUUAUUUAUCAAAUACUUAGAGGAGGAGCGUUCUUUAAGAGGGCAAUUGAAGCUGGCCACCCAUGUUAUGAGGCUAUGUCAGAUGAGGGAUGGAUUGAGUUCAGGUGAUGAAAUUACAAGCCAAACUCUUGUCUCUAUACUUAAUUUACUGGACGGGCGUACAGCUUUUAAUAAUGUCUUUCUCCGGCAUUAUCUGUUCUGCAUACUACAAAUACUUGCAAGAAGGCCACCAACUCUUCAUGGGAUUCCCAGGGAAAAUAGAAUGUUGCAUAUGAGUCUUACAGAAGCUUGUAACUAUCAGAAGAACAUGUUUGUUCUUGAUUCAGAUAGCAAACCUUUGGAUCUGCCAAGCACUACCCAAAACCCUACACCAGAUCUUGGCCUGGAGGGUUUGAGGGAUGCCCUUGAUGAAGCUUCUAAGGACCAACCUUGUGAAGCUCCCUCACAGAUGCACGUUGAAGCUCUAAAGGAAGCGCCCCUAGAGAAACCCGAAGAAGUAUUUACUGAAUUUCCGCAGGAAGCACCAAUUGAAGUCCCAAAUGAAGUUUCCAAGGAAGCUGAUACUGUAUCCAAUAGCCAUGAAAGAAAGAGACUCAUUAAGUUCAAGGUAAAACAAUCUUCUGCCACCAGUAGGGCUGAUACUGAUAAUCAAGUGGUUGAACGUUCUUUAGGUUGUCGUAAUGACAUGGAUCAUGGAGCUAGCAGUUCAGUUUCUGUAGAUGCACCCCAGAGGAAUUUUGCCGAGACUAUUAGCAUCAGUAAUCAUAAUAUAGACGAAGUUAAUUCUUGGCAUGAUCGUGGCUCACGCAUGACUGCUAGCAUUGGUAGUGCAAAGUUUUUGAGUGACGGUGACGAAUUGGUCAAAGAACUCCAAUGCACUGCUGAUUCUAGUAUAGUUUAUUCACAACCUCAGCCAGAAGAUCCAUCAUCAUCCAGUAUUAUCCAGGAUAACAAUGUAGAUGCCGAUGCACGACGAUAUGCUAGCCUUCAAACUCUUUCAGUUGCAAGAUUUGAUCCUGACGGAGAAUCAUUAGGUAAAGAAAUUUCUGCGCGUGGUAAGGAAAAACACAAAAGCAAGGAAAAGAAACGAAAGCGGGAAAGUAACAAAGGACACCAUGAUGAUCCAGAAUAUUUGGAGCGAAAACGAUUAAAGAAGGAGAAAAAACGACGGGAAAAAGAAAUGGCAAAACUUCAAAGUGGUGAGAUAAAGAGAUCCUCCGUUGACUUGUCAAGUAAGAAAGAGGAACCUGUAGUGGACGUUGCUAGACAGGUUAAAUCUGUUGAGCCCAGUGGAUAUAAUUCUAAAUUAGAAAUCAAAGGGACUGAUACCAAAACCGAUCCAUCUGAAGGCACAUCUGGUGCACCAAAAUUUCGAAUUAAAAUUAAAAACCGAAUUCUCAACAAGUCAUAG